CGGAGUCGUGUUUUGAGGAAGAUAGUCAACUUCUAGCUGACUUUCUUCAAGACCACACGUCGCUCAGAAUGGAAACCCGGAUGUCAAUUGAUCGUCAGCAUGAUAUUGGUGAUUGGGCAAAAUCACAUCCUGGAGAAAAACUGUAUAAAAGAAAGUGUUCCGAUAAAUCAUUUUCUACUCUAUCCCGUCUUACAUCUCAUGAACGACAACACCCAGAAGAAGAACCGUUUAAGUGUGAAGUGUGCGAUAAAACCUUCACUAGACGAUAUAACUUGGUCUCUCAUGGAAGAAUUCACUCAGGAGAGAAACCCUUUACGUGCAAGUACUGCCCUAAAUCAUUCAGGUAUGCGAUAUGAUCUUGUCCGUCAUGGACGAGUUCACUCAGGAGAGAAAAUCUUUCCAUGCAAGUACUGCGCUAAAUCAUUCAGUGAGAAAUCCAGCUGUACUGUUCAUGAACGCAUCCAUACCGGGAAGAAGCCGUUUAAGUGUGAUCAUUGUGACCGAGGUUUUUACAAAGCUUCCGACCUUAGAGUUCAUGAACGUACACAUACUGGAGGGGAGCCUUACAAGUGUAAACGGUGUGACAAGUCAUACAGGCAAUUCGCGCACCUCAUUAACCAUCAACGCAUCCACACUGGAGAGAGACCUUGCAAGUCUAAUGAAUGUGGCAAUACAUUCGCGCGAAUGUUCAAUCUCACAGCUCACCACCGCGUCCAUACUGGAGAGAAACCAUUUUCGUGUAAGGAAUGUGGAAAGUCUUUCACUAAAAAAUCCAACCUAACAGUUCACGAACGAAUCCAUCCCUGA